ACCUCGGAGUUGAGGACUCCCGUGCGACCUCCGCGGAAAGAUGAACGGGACGCGGAACUGGUGUACUUUGGUGGACGUGCACCCGGAGGGCCAGACCGCGGGCAGUGUGGACGUUCUCAGGCUGACCCUCCAGGGUGAACUGACAGGAGACGAACUUGAGCACAUAGCCCAGAAGGCGGGCAGGAAGACUUACGCCAUGGUGUCUGAUCGCUCCUCUGGGCAUGCUCUGGCUUCAGAACUGGUGGAGUCCCAUGAUGGGCACGAAGAGAUCAUUAAGGUGUACCUGAAAGGGAGGCCUGGAGACAAGAUGAUCCACGAGAAGAACAUUGACCAGCUGAAGAGUGAGGUCCAGUACAUCCAGGAGGCCAGGAACUGCCUGCAGAAGCUCCGGGAGGAUAUAAGUAGCAAGCUUGACAGGAGUCCAGGAGACUCUCUACAGCGGAAGGAGAUCCAGAUGGUACUAGAAAAGCCAAAUGGCUUCAGUCAGGGUUCCACGUCUCUCUACAGCAGCCCACCUGAGGCAGACACCUGUGUGAGCGAAGAUGUCGAGAACUUGAAGAAGACCGUGCGGGAAUUGCUUGCCAAGCUGCAGGAGGCCGAGCAGCGACACCAGUCAGACCGCGUGGCUUUCGAGGUUACACUCAGCCAGUAUCAGCGAGAGGCAGAGCAGAGUAAUGUGGCCCUUCAGAGAGAAGAGGACAGAGUGGAGCAGAAGUCGGCAGAAGUCGGGGAGCUACAGAGGCGCUUGUUGGGGAUGGAGACGGAGCAUCGAGCCUUACUGUCAAGAGUCAAGGAAGGGGAGCUGGCCCUAGAGGAGCUGCGGACCAAGAAUGCUGACUGCCAAGCAGAAAAGGAAAAGACUGCUGCUCUUGAAAAGGAAGUGGCUGGGUUUCGGGAGAAGAUCCACCAUUUGGAUGACAUGCUCAAGAGCCAGCAGCGGAAAGUUCGGCAGAUGAUAGAGCAGCUCCAGAAUUCAAAAGCUGUGAUCCAGUCCAAGGAUGCCACCAUUCAAGAGCUCAAGGAGAAAAUUGCCUAUUUGGAGGCUGAGAACCUGGAGAUGCAUGACCGCAUGGAGCAUCUAAUAGAGAAGCAGGUCAGUCAUGGUAACUUCAGCACACAGACCCGCGCCAAGACCGAGAACCUGGGCGGUGUCAGGAUAUCGAAGCCCCCCAGCCCUAAGCCUAUGCCUCUCAUCCGAGUGGUGGAAACCUGAGCUGCGGGAGAUGCUGGGAUUGCUGCCCUUGCUGUCGCUCAGACCUGCAGAGAAGCCCACCACCUCUGUAGGCCGUUGAUACCGACUGACUUCCCGACCGAACCCUGGUAGACCCAGGUCUUGGGCUCAUGCCCCAAGCUCUUAUCUUCUGCUUGCUGGCAGAUGGAGCAGAAGCGUCUGUCUCCUCGGGACACUGCAGGCCUUGGGAAGACAUUCUCCUGCUAGCAGGAACAGGACAAUAUUCUUUCUCCCAGUUACUGUCUUUCUGGGUAACCGCUUCCCUGCUGUGUACACUGGAGUCUAGCUGCCCCGAAGCCAGGCCCUCAUCACCUCCAGAGAAGUGACAAAAUUUGUCUCAGCCCCCAAAAGUUGGAAGCACAGAUGUGCAGCGACUGGAGAGUGUCCUGAGGGAAUGAAGUUCCUUCUGCAAACAAGGCUCAGUUCUUAGCAACAAACUGUUUGUUUUUCUGCUUGGCUCCACCCUGUGCCAUGCUCUCCGGGCCUCCCACGGACAGCCAGUGGGGGAUAGCUGGCCAGGCCUGGUCUUAACCAGAGAGCCAAAACUAGAUAGCCUUGCUUUUCUAGGGACAAAGGAAUCUACCUUCAGGGAGCAGGUUUUAGCAGGAAGGUUCUUAAGGACCAUGAAUAGUUCUUGCGACCUCACUCCUCUGUGGAAGCUCCCAGUCUUCAGGUUUUCCCCUGUGGUGUCCCAAAAGGCACACCUCAGUCUCCCUGACCCGGAGCUAAGAACCAUUUCCUCAUCAGUCCCAGCAAAACCGUCACUGUAUUUAUUUUUGCUAAGUUAUUACUGGUUUUGCUUGCAUCUCAUAGCUGAUUUAAGACCAGUGUUCUGCCGUCUUAUGCAGAGGUGUUUGGGCAUACCUGGACAUGGGGAGAGCAUUCUGUUGGCUCCUUCCCUCUAGCUGCUGCUUUUCAUUUCUUCCUCCUGAGUCAGUUCAUAAUUCAGGAGGCUAGUGUCUGUUCCCAAGUGUGUGCUGCCCAGGGAACAGGGCAAUCAUGACUGUUUCCGGGGCAGGGGUGGGAUCUUCUAACCUCUCCACCCAGAACAGUUUCAAUUCCAGUCCUGAGUGUCCCUGCAGCUCAGCGUGUCUCCUGUAGAGUCCCCCAGUGGCCUCAGCAGCACUCCAGCACCUGAACGCGGGACCACUGGGACCGCUUAGUCUUAAAUCUCCUGAGCUCACAACCAGGAGCCUUAAGUCUGCGUGGUUCUGUGUGUCAGGACCAGGCCCAGGGCCUGGUGUGGUCUCUACAGUGUCCUGAGACUUCAGUCUCUACAGAAUGAGGGUGUUGAACACAAUCUCCAUGCCCCUUCAAAUUCUUUUCCUGUCUGUGACACAGUCAUUGUCUGGUGACUUCAAUAAAUUAUGCUAACACAUCUCUUUGCCCCAUGGGCCUGGCCUGGUCUCCUACGCCUUGGAGAGGAUGAAGGAAGGUGGCGUCCCUGUUGUCACCGUCUGAAAGAUGUGAUGCAGCUCCUCAGACUCCGAUGUGUGGGUGGUGGUAUUUAGAAAAGCUACAGCCACCAGGCCCCGUUUUGACCUAACCCUAGCUUUGACCCCGUUUGGGGGCAAUGACCUUGUGGGAUCCCUGAACUUAGCCAUUCUGUGCCCUGAUUUGAAACAGCACUGCACAGGGUUAUGGGUCCUGAGCCUGCACAGAGGGACGCCAGUCACAGCAGAGGAACAUGAGCAACCUGAGCCUUUGCAGAGGUGAGCAGAUCCCUGGAAAGACUGACUGCAGCUCUGCAAGGGCUUAUUCGUUUCUGGCAAUCUCUGGAUAGCAUUGGGUUAGUAUAGUGGUCCCCCCCCCCCCCCUUCUGUCAGGAAGCCAGUUGGUUGCAGGGCCAAAUAAGACAUAGCUGAAUUUACACAAACUCUGCUGGGCCAAGGAAACGGGAAACAACACCCUUCUGUUCCCUGGCCCCUCUGGUUCCCCUUUUUCUUUCAGUUGAGAAUGUAACUUUUCUUCUCCUGCUUCCUCAACUGAUUGACCACACGGGCACCAAAAGGCCCUGGAAACAUUCCACCCCACAUCUGGGUUUGUCUCCUGACUCCCGGGUUGCUCUUGCCCUGGCAGUCUUGCUUGGCACAGGUAUAUCCAGACUGCUUGUCCCAGAAUAUGAACAGGCUGGAAGCAGGGUGGGGUUGGCAGGGGUGCCAAGAAGACUGGCCUGGCUGGGGGUGCUGAAUGAGUGUGCUGCCUGCAGGAAAGGGAGGCUCUCCCGCAGGGAGGAGCAGAGAUGUGGCGUGCAGAUAGGAGCUAGGCAGAAGACGUUCUGGAGAUCAAGAGCAAGGCUCUAAGAUUUAUUUAGACAAAUAAUAAAGUGUUGGGGGGCAUCUUUGGCGUCUGCUUCGUAUGCCACUGUGGGCUGCUGCUGAAAUCCCAAGCAGGAUGUUGGAGCGUGGCUAGGCAGCCGCUCAGCAUCUUGACAGCUUCCAAUUAGAGGUGUCAGGGCUGAGGAGAUGGCAAGCUCCUGACUUGAGCCACUUUUAUUGCCUGUGUUUUGCGGUGUUUUAAGCCAACUCCUGUGUGCUGCCGGAGGGAGGCGAGUUCUGCCUCUCCAGAACUUUUGCCAUGAGGGCGUUAAGAGCUGCCCAGACAUGCAGCCUCCUAUAAACGUGGACUGCAGACCUGGUGUGGGAAAAGAAGCUCAUGGGAGCGUUCGUUCCCAGCCUUCACAACAGCUGCCCGUAUUCCAGGUUUUCAUUUUUCCGUCCGAGCAGAAAAGAGCCCGGCAGCACGCACUGUUUCACCCCGCGGAGCAGGAUAACCUCAGCUGCCUGGUGAUGUAGCGGGAGGACUGGAAAUGUAAGGGCAGCCUCGGCAACUUAGGAGGACCCGUCUCAAAAUACAAGUUUACCAAACUAAAUAAAGGAGAAGAACCCAGAGCGAAGUGGCGUACACCUUUAACCCCAGCACUUGGGAGGCAGAGGCAGGUAGAUUUCUGUGGGUUUAAGGCCAGCCUGGUCUACGUAGUGACUUCCAGGCCAGACAGGUUUUUAAGGUUCAAAGAUGAUUUGUCCAUUUUUCUUUGUCUGUAUCUCUGUCUCUGUCUCUCUUGGAUCUCAUUAUGUAGCUCAGGCUAGCCUCGAAGUCGCCAUCUUCCUGCCUUAGCGCCCCUGCUCCAAGUGCUGGAAUUUCAGGUGUGCACCCCACGCCUGGCUUUGUCCUUGUUUUAAAUCACUGUCAGCCGUUCGCUGUUCCACACAUGAAGUGUUCCACAUUGGGAGGACGCUCUGCUUGACAGGGUGACGUACUUUACCAGAGGAGGCUAGCGCCCUCUGGAAUGGAAAAGCAGUGUCCAUCUCUAGUCGGCCCCUGGCUCUGAGCAGCAGUUGUGUGUGGGGCCGGUGUGAUCCAAGCUCUCCCAUUCCUCAGAGCCAGGCUGUUGAGCUAGAGCCUGAGUCUGUUCAGGCUAUGACUCAACGACAGAUGUUCGCCUAGGGCCCUUGGCCUCUUUUCCAUGCUUUGAUUUAGAACUCCAGCUUUGCAGGAGGCAAUUGUUUUUUCUGUCCCGAUUAUAAGCACACGGCCUUGGAACUCAAAAGUUGGAGAGGCAACUAUCUCCCCUUUCCCAAGGGAAAUGCUUCUCCAGGCUAAGGAUGGAAGAGGCGGGCCUUUAAAGGUAAGCACUUCCUGACUCACUGAGGCCGACUUUGGGCUCUAAGAUGUGUGGCCUUCUGCUAGAUCUCUUUCCCUAGAGCCAUGUGGAAGAAGAGAUUGAGGGUCGAUGGUGGCAGGAUAAUUAAUUUCCCGACAGGGCGUUGGUCCUCAGAGCACUGAAGGAAAGGGAAUCAUGAGUCCUUAUGACUUGAGCUGUUGCAGGGCCAGCCCUGUCCUCCCUGUCACUGGGGUUCUUGGCCCAGCUUGACCCUUCUGUCUGACCUGUAACUUACAGUGUGGUUUGUGUUUUAACUGACAUGCUAUGUAAACUAUAUUACUGGGGAAAAUUCUUGCAAAACAUUGGUGAGUAAAAAAAGUGGACUUUGGGGCUGGAGAGAUGGCUCAGUGGUUAAGAGCACUGCCUGCUCUUCCAAAGGUCCUGAGUUCAGUUCUCAGCAACCACAUGGUGGCUCACAGCCAUCUGUAAUAAGAUCUGGUGCCCUCCUCUGGCCUGCAGGCA